AUGGCAGAACCAAGAGGCGCGGCCGCCCGCCUGCGACGCACAUUCCAUUAUCCCACAGACGAAGAUUCGGCCGAUUCGCAACCCGAAGCGAUAGACGAAGAAGAACAAGAUAAUCUCAUCCAACAGCUGGCCGAAGAAAACGCCGCCCGAAAUGCUCAAUUUCGCACCUUCCUCCUCGCCCUUCCCAUCUUCACGACGAUUCCCUACCUAAUCUCCCUCCUCCGCCUGACGUCGCUGAUGACGUCUCUCCUUUCCAUCACCUCGCUCCUAUCGACGGCCUACCUUCUUCACACCCUACCUCCGGGACAGACGGGUAUCGCCUUCAUCGACACUUGGUCGCGCCCCAAGACGCCGUACACCAGCCCGUCAUCCUCUCUCGAGUCUUCUGUCUCCUCCGUCUCUGGAGCUUCCUCACAGUACCACACCGUGGCUGGCCCCUCGUCGUCACAACGCCGUCCUAGGCGGAGUUCCUUCUCCUUCAACCAAGAGCACAAGUCACCCUUGGAACUUUACCUUCCUUACCUCAACUUGGGGUUGUGCGUGAUGCUUGUAUUGACGGGUAUGGUGACAAAGUCUGGGGUGAGAGACACCUUUGGACAUGUGGGGUUGGGAAACCUCCCUGCAAUGGUGUACGUUGUAAUCCUCAUCGCAAAAGUGGUCAUGGGCAGUGUGGAUCCCGAAAAGGAGUUGGGCGCUCUCAAGUACGAUUACAAGGGUGCAUGA